ACAUCAAUUCCAUAGAGUAAAAAGGAACAGCUGAUCUGCUCAGUCGUACUGCUCAUAGAGUAAAUAAAGUACCACUGCUGUUUUCAUUAAUUGUUUACAUGUCUUGAUUUUUUUAUCUUCUUGUGCUUGUGCUUGGGUACACCUCGAGCACGAACGAUGGCGUGUGCAGCAAGCAGACAGGCGCUGCUCAGCAUCUUGUCGGCUCCACCCACGGCCAAGUUCCACUGCUGCGCGGUGAGGGCUGCGUGGGCCGGGGCCAACGAGCCCAAGAAGUGGCCCAAGUACAACGAGAAGAUAUUCCCACCGCAGCAGCCGGACGAAGAGAGGCGGCCAGCGUACGUUUGCCACAUGAAGACAAACAUCAAGUACAGUCCGUGGAAGAUGUGGUACAUCGCGUGCUUCGUGCGCGGCAUGACGGUGGAUGAGGCGCUCAAACAGCUCAGCUUCUUGACGUUGAAAGGCGCGGCGGCCGUGAAGGAAACGAUACUGGAGGCCCAGGCGCUGGCCGUGAAGGAACACAACGUGGAGUUCAAGAGCAAUCUGUGGGUUUCCGAGUCGUUCGUCGGGAAAGGUAUGGUCAUCAAGGGAGCACGCCGGCACGCGAGGGGGCGAGUGGGGAAGGUAGAGUACUUCCACUGCCACUACUUCGUCAACCUGGAGGAGGGAUCCCCCCCGGAACACUACUACCACUACAGGAAGCCAAAAACUGGCCCGGAGAUGCUGGAGGAGUGGCUCGCUAAGAUGAGGACCAGGAAGAUUACACAUUCCUUGUAAAUACAUCUUGGCAUCUUAAAAUAAAAACAAAAAGUUGUAGGCA